CCCACUCCACGCCGGUUGUCUCCACGGAGUUUCCUCACUUCUUCCCACCCGCCGACAUGACCUGGUGCCUGGGCUGGCUGUGGACCGUGGCCGCCGUGCUUCUGUCCACUCACGUCCUUCAGAAACUCUUCUUCCCGUUCUUCUGGGCGGACGUCCUCUUCCUGUGGAAGGUGGUCAGGUACGGGGUGAAGCUGGAGCUGUUCAAGCUGACGUCCAGCGUCCGGACGGUGCUGGACCGGUUCGUGGAGCAGGCUCGGCGCGUGCCGGACAAGCCGUUCGUGAUUUACGACGGAACCGUCCACACGUACCGGGACGUGGAGCGGCGCAGCAACAGGCUGGCCGGCGUCUUCCUCCAUCAGGUGCGCCUGAAGAAGGGGGAGUGUGUCGCCCUGCUCAUGAACAACGAGCCCGACUUCCUGUGCGUGUGGUUCGGCUUGGCGAAGGUCGGCUGCUCGGUGGCGUUCCUCAACACCAGCAUUAAGUCCAAGUCCUUGUUGCACUGCUUUAACUGCUGCGGAGCCAAAACUCUCAUCGUUGGUUCAGAUUUAGUGGAUAGUCUGGAUGGCAUCCUCCCCAGCCUUCAGGAGGACAACAUUCAGGUGUGGGCCAUGAAGAGCCAUAGUGAGCACACACUGGUGCACACCCUGCUGGACAAGCUUGACUCUGCAUCCGAUGAGCCUGUACCAGCUGUCCUGCGAGCCACCAGCUGUAUUAAAACCCCCACCCUCUACAUCUUCACCUCUGGAACAACAGGCCUCCCUAAGGCUGCAGUGAUCACUCACCUCCAGAGCCUGAAGGCAGCAGCAGGCUUUUGGGCCUUUGGUGCAAAUAAAGAUGAUGUGGUUUACAUCCCUCUGCCGCUCUACCACAGUUCAGCGUCCCUGGUUGGGAUUGGAGGAACCAUAGAGCUAG